GACGCGAAUGUGCGCCCGCUUCCGGGCCCGGACGCCAUUUUCAGCGGUUGCUUUUUGCUAGGGCUAGUGGUCGGCCGGGACGAUGAGCUACGAAUACCAUCAGAGCUGGAGCCGCGACGCGGGGCCGCGGGGCUCCGGCCAGGGCUCUGGCGGCGGCGGCGGAGGGAGCCGGGGCCCCGGCGGCGGAGGAGGCGGAGGGGGCCGCGGUGGUCGGGGACGGCAUCCCGGACACCUGAAGGGUCGCGAGAUCGGCCUGUGGUACGCCAAGAAGCAGACGCAGAAGAACAAGGAGGCUGAGAGGCAGGAGAGAGCUGUAGUACACAUGGAUGAACGACGAGAAGAGCAAAUUGUGCAGUUGCUGAAUUCCGUACAAGCUAAGAAUGAUAAAGAUUCAGAGAUAUCCUGGUUUGCUCCUGAGGAUCAUGGGUAUGGUACAGAGGUGUCUUCGGAGAAAAAGGUUAACUCAGAAAAGAAAUUUGACAACCAGGAAAAGAAAUCACUGAACCAAGAAAAAAAGACUUUUAGGAUCACAGACAAAUCAUACAUUGACCGAGAUUCUGAGUACUUAUUGCAAGAAAAUGAGCCAAAUGUAGGCUUAGACCAGCAAUUAUUGGAAGAUUUACAAAAGAAAAAAACUGAUCCUCGGUAUAUAGAGAUGCAGCAUUUCAGAAAAAAAUUGCCUUCAUAUGGAAUGCAAAAGGAGCUGGUAAAUUUAAUCAAUAACCACCAGGUAACAGUAAUAAGUGGUGAAACCGGCUGUGGCAAAACCACUCAGGUUACACAGUUCAUCUUGGAUAACUACAUUGAAAGAGGAAAAGGGUCUGCCUGCAGAAUAGUGUGUACUCAGCCAAGAAGGAUUAGUGCCAUUUCAGUUGCUGAGAGAGUAGCUGCAGAAAGGGCAGAGUCUUGCGGCAAUGGUAAUAGUACUGGAUACCAGAUUCGUCUCCAGAGUCGGUUGCCAAGGAAACAGGGCUCUAUCUUAUACUGCACAACAGGAAUCAUUCUCCAGUGGCUCCAGUCAGACUCGCGUUUGUCCAGUGUUAGCCAUAUUGUACUUGAUGAAAUUCAUGAAAGGAAUUUACAGUCAGAUGUUUUAAUGACUAUUAUUAAAGAUCUUCUCAAUUUUCGAUCUGACCUGAAAGUAAUAUUGAUGAGUGCAACGUUGAAUGCUGAGAAAUUUUCAGAAUAUUUUGGUAACUGUCCAAUGAUACAUAUACCUGGUUUUACUUUUCCAGUUGUGGAAUAUCUUUUGGAAGAUAUCAUUGAAAAAAUAAGAUAUGUUCCAGAACAAAAAGAACAUAGAUCCCAGUUCAAGAGGGGUUUCAUGCAGGGCCAUGUAAAUAGACAAGAGAAAGAAGAAAAAGAGGCAAUCUAUAAAGAACGCUGGCCAGCUUAUAUAAAGGAACUGCGAACAAGAUACUCUGCAAGUACCGUAGAUGUUUUGGAAAGGAUGGAUGAUGAUAAAGUUGAUCUGAAUUUGAUUGCUGCCCUUAUUCGAUACAUUGUUUUGGAAGAAGAGGAUGGUGCAAUACUGGUCUUUCUACCAGGCUGGGACAAUAUCAGUACCUUACAUGAUCUCUUGAUGUCACAAGUGAUGUUUAAAUCAGAUAAGUUUAUUAUUAUACCUUUACAUUCACUGAUGCCUACAGUAAACCAGACACAGGUAUUUAAAAAAACUCCUCCUGGCGUUCGGAAAAUAGUAAUUGCUACCAACAUUGCAGAGACUAGCAUCACCAUAGAUGAUGUGGUUUACGUAAUAGAUGGAGGAAAAAUUAAAGAGACGCACUUUGACACACAAAACAACAUCAGUACCAUGUCUGCUGAGUGGGUUAGUAAAGCUAAUGCCAAACAGCGGAAAGGAAGAGCGGGAAGAGUUCAGCCUGGUCAUUGUUAUCAUCUGUAUAAUGGCCUGAGAGCAAGUCUUCUAGAUGACUACCAACUGCCAGAAAUUUUGAGAACUCCCUUGGAAGAACUUUGUUUGCAAAUAAAGAUUUUAAGGCUAGGUGGAAUUGCUUAUUUUCUGAGUAGGUUAAUGGAUCCACCAUCCAAUGAGGCAGUAUUGCUCUCCAUAAAACACCUGAUGGAACUGAGUGCUUUGGAUAAACAGGAAGAAUUGACACCUCUUGGCGUCCAUUUAGCCAGAUUACCUGUUGAGCCACAUAUUGGAAAAAUGAUUCUUUUUGGAGCUUUAUUCUGUUGCUUAGAUCCAGUACUCACUAUUGCUGCCAGCCUCAGCUUUAAAGAUCCCUUUGUCAUUCCACUGGGAAAAGAAAAGAUUGCAGAUGCAAGAAGAAAGGAGUUGGCAAAGGAAACUAGAAGUGAUCACCUGACAGUUGUGAAUGCAUUUGAGGGUUGGGAAGAAGCUAAGCGACGUGGUUUCAGAUAUGAAAAAGACUACUGCUGGGAAUAUUUUCUGUCUUCAAACACACUACAGAUGCUGCAUAACAUGAAGGGACAGUUUGCUGAGCAUCUUCUUGGAGCUGGAUUUGUAAGCAGUAGAAGUCCUAAAGAUCCAAAAGCUAAUAUAAAUUCAGAUAAUGAGAAGAUAAUUAAAGCUGUCAUCUGUGCUGGUUUAUAUCCCAAAGUUGCUAAAAUCCGACUAAAUUUGGGUAAAAAAAGAAAAAUGGUGAAAGUUCACACAAAGUCUGAUGGUCUAGUUUCUAUUCAUCCUAAGUCCGUCAAUGUGGAGCAGACAGACUUCCAUUAUAACUGGCUUAUCUAUCAUCUGAAGAUGAGGACAAGCAGUAUUUACUUGUACGACUGUACGGAAGUUUCACCAUACUGCCUAUUGUUUUUUGGGGGAGAUAUUUCCAUCCAGAAAGAUAAUGGCCAGGAAGUUAUUGCUGUAGAUGAAUGGAUUGUGUUUCAGUCUCCAGAAAGAAUUGCCCAUCUUGUUAAGGGGCUGAGAAAGGAACUGGAUAGCCUUCUGCAGGAGAAGAUUGAAUGCCCUCACCCUGUAGACUGGAACAAUACUAAGUCCAGAGACUGUGCAGUACUGUCAGCUAUUCUAGACUUGAUCAAAACACAGGAAAAGGCUGUUCAGAGGAACUUGCCACCACGGUCACAGGAGGGCUAUUACAGCUGACAGCUUUCCAUGAUGGCCAAAAACUCAUCCUGAUGUCCAUGUUUCU